AAUAAAUUGUGCGACGCUACCGUAAGUAAAUAUCAUCGUAUAUAAGAUUCUAUUCGGUGGCCCUAAUUUGAUUUGGCCCCUUUCCCCACAUCUCCCUUCCCCUCCGUUUCUGCAUUUUCAAACCGCUGCUGCUACAAUCAUCGUCGACUCGAGGCGUUGCCACUGCCGUGAAGCAAUGAUGCUGUCGGAAGAGGAAAUUACUAGGCUUUUCAGGAUCCGAAGAACAGUAAUGCAAAUGCUGAAGGACCGGGGUUAUUUUGUUGGGGACUUUGAGAUUGACAUGACCAAAGAGCAGUUCAAGGAUAAAUAUGGUGAGAGCAUGAAAAGGGAAGACCUUGUUAUCAAUAAAGCCAAGAGAAAUGAUAGCUCUGAUCAGAUCUAUAUUUUCUUCCCUGACGAGCCAAAGGUUGGUGUAAAGACAAUGAAGACUUAUUCCCAGCGCAUGAAGUCAGAGAAUGUUUUCAGGGCAAUCUUGGUGGUUCAACAAAAUUUGACUCCCUUUGCUCGGAGCUCUAUAAGUGAGAUUUCUACGAAAUUCCACCUCGAGGUUUUCCAGGAGGCAGAGUUGUUGAUAAACAUCAAAGAUCAUGUUCUUGUUCCUGAGCAUCAGGUGCUUACAAAUGAGGAGAAGAAAACUUUGCUGGAGAGAUACACUGUGAAAGAAACACAGCUGCCUCGUAUGCAAGUGACUGACCCCGUUGCGAGAUAUUAUGGGCUGAAGCGUGGACAAGUUGUGAAGAUCAUCCGACCAAGUGAAACAGCUGGUCGAUAUGUCACUUACCGAUAUGUUGUGUAAAUAUAUUUGACAACUUUGGCAACUGAUUAGGAAAGGGUUCGAAACUGUACUCGAGUUUUGCCUUAGUUAAAACGGCUGGAUCACUUGAUAGUUGGUAGUAUGUGAUGGGUAGGAUGUAAUUCAGUUGGUAUUUUCAAGCAUCUUAAAUUAUUGGACUUUUGUAUGCUUGUUUUUAAUUUUUUUUUUCAAUUUUAUUAUUUGUGUUAAAUUUACUAAGUGGAUUUAAAGAAAUCCACUAAUUGUUUCGAAUAUAAUUUAUAAAUGAUUUAUUUAGAUUUUAAUGUAACAAA